AUGUCUGAGGAAACUCCCUUGUACGUCCCGCCAGAUCCCAAGGCUACUCGGUAUUUUUCGUUCCUCGAUAAGAUAAAUGAGAAGUACCAUGCCUCGCUCGAAACAUACUCUGAUCUGCACACCUGGUCGACAAAACACAUCGAUCUGUUCUGGAACCUCGUAUGGGAUGACGUCGGUAUCAUCGGCAGAAAGGGCAGCCAUGUCGUCGACAAUCAAGCAGUCCCCGCCUCCAACCCACCGUGGUUUCAGGGGGCAAGACUGAACUGGGCGGAGAACAUGCUCAGCUGUCGCUCCGAGCACAAGAUCGCUCUCAUACAAGCAAGUACGUCUUUCUCUCCGUCCUCUACAGAUAGGCAUGUUACGUACGCGCAGUUGUAUGAUAUCGUGGCGAAUCUCGUCUCUGCACUCCAUCAGCUGGAGCUUAAACCAGGCGAUCGAGUAGCGUCCUAUUGUUCCAAUUGCAUCGAAAAUGUUGCGGCGUGUCUGGCAGCCACAGCGAUCGGCUGCAUUUGGGUCAGCGCUGCUGCGGAUUUCGGUGCAGAAGGCGUACUAGAGCGUUUCGAGCAAGUCCGGCCUCGCGUCAUCUUCGCUGUGGACGCUGUGGUUUACAACGCUAAAGUGCACCAGCACCUGCCAAAAUUGCAGGCUUUGCUGUCCGGUCUCCACGAGCGCUGCGCUUUGGAGCCUAAAGUAGUCAUCAUCGAAACGGGUAAGCGGGACCCUUCCAUUCUGAUUGGAGGAUGGGAGCUCUGGGACAACUUUAUUGCCGAGGGGAAGGCAAAGGCCCUUGGACGCAAGAAUGGAGAAAUUGAAUGGAGUCGCCAGAGCUUCGACUGGCCCCUGUGGAUUCUUUUCAGCUCCGGAACCACGGGUACACCCAUUGUUCACCGUGCUGGAGGAAUGCUAUUGCAGUCGAAGAAAGAAUUCGUGAUAUGUGCAGAUCUACGCCCAGAAGACGUUUUCUUUUAUUAUACCACAACUGGAUGGAUGAUGUGGAAUUUUCUUGUGAGUGGCCUGAGCCUGGGUUGUACCCUCGUUCUCUACGAUGGAAGUCCUUUGAGGGAUCCUGCCUAUCUUUGGCGUCUUGUGGAUAGCUUGCGAAUCACAAUCUUCGGAACAAGUGCCAAGUACCUCGAUCAACUUUCCAAAGUUUACAAACCCCGAGAACAUCAUGAUUUGUCGACUUUGCGACAUAUCUAUUCCACGGGUUCCCCUUUGGCACCCGCACUGUUUGACUAUGUUUACGAGGAUAUCCAUCCAAACGUUCUGCUUGCCUCGAUAACAGGGGGAACGGAUAUAUGCUCCCUGUUCGCUGGUAUGUGCACGGCUCUGCCCGUUUAUCGGGGCGAGAUACAGUGCCGCAUGCUCGGGAUGGCAGUGGAAACGUACUCCCAGGAGGGGGUCAAGUCAGAAGAGGGUCAGGCUGGCGAGCUAGUCUGCGUGCGACCCUUCCCUUGCAUGCCCCUCGGUUUUUGGCCCCUUUCCGGAUUUGAUGCACCCGACGAGGCCGUUAGAGCGGCAUCGGAACGAUUUUACCAAGCCUAUUUUGCAGAAUACAAACACGUGUGGCAUCAUGGCGACCAUGUGUUGCUUACGCGAUCACGCGGCGGAAAUGGAGGGGGGCUCAUCAUGUUGGGCAGGAGUGACGGUGUCUUAAACCCAGGAGGAGUUCGUUUUGGGUCAUCGGAGAUAUACGAUGUACUCGAUGUGUGCUUCUCUGUUUCCGGACACAGUACAGCUACUAGUACGAUUGAGGACGCGCUAGUAGUUGGACAGGCCAUUGGAGGGGGUUUAGAUGAGCGUGUGAUUCUAUUCGUGAAACUUCCCGUGGGCAGGACACUAGGUACAGAUAUGGAGAGUAUGAUCAAGACGGAGAUCAGGGUGAGGAGGACAGCUCGCCAUGUUCCUGCCCGAAUAGUUCAAGUAGAAGAUAUCCCAUAUACUCUAAACGGGAAAAGGGUAGAAGUGCUGGUGAAGAAAAUUAUCAACGGCGCUCCACUAUCCAGUAUCAAUCCGGCUACGCUACGGAAUCCCGAAUGCCUUGUCGAGUAUGUGCGGGUCAGCGAGCAGCUCCGAGCAGAGGUGGGAUCGAAAUGA